CAGACAAUAACGGGAAAUUGGUCCGGAGGGAACUUGGGGAACAAGCGAAGUGAAACUUCCCCCCGGAAUGACCGCAACAUAUGUCCAUUAAAUCAUCAAAAUGAACACGCUGGUCUACCUGGUCCUCCUGGGAGCAGGUCUGCAUGGCGCGGCGGCAGUGACUCACUCUCUGAAGUAUUUCUACACUGCGUCCUCUGGAGUCCCAAACUUCCCAGAGUUUGUGUCUGUUGGGUUGGUUGAUGAAGCUCAGAUGGAUUACUAUGACAGCAACACCAGGAGAGCAGAACCCAAACAGGACUGGAUGAAGAAAGUCACAGCAGAUGAUCCACAGUACUGGGAGACAGAGACUGAGAAGUUAGUUGGUUCCCAGCAGGCCUUCACAGCCAACAUUGAAAUUGCAAAGCAGCGCUUCAACCAAACUGGAGGUGUCCACAUUGUCCAGUGGAUGUACGGCUGUGAGUGGGAUGAUGAGACCGAUGAGGUUACCGGUUAUAAUCAGUUUGGUUAUGAUGGAGAAGACUUCAUAGCAUUUGACCUGCAGACGCUGACUUGGAUCGCUCCUAAACCACAGGCUGUCAUCACCAAACACAAGUGGGAUAACGACAAAGCGUUCUGCACACAGACAAAGCAGUACCUCACCCAGAUUUGUCCUGAGUGGCUGAAGAAGUAUGUGGACUAUGGGAGGAGCUCUCUCCUGAGAACAGAGCGUCCCUCAGUGUCUCUCCUCCAGAAGACUUCCUCCUCUCCAGUCAGCUGCCACGCUACAGGUUUCUACCCUGAAAGAGCCACACUCAGCUGGAGGAAAGAUGGAGAGGAGCUUCAUGAGGACGUGGAGCUCGAAGAGAUCCUCCCCAACCAUGAUGGAACCUUCCAGAUGAGUGCUGAGCUGAAGCUUUCAUCAGUCACACCUGAAGACUGGAGCAGGUACACCUGUGUGUUUCAGCUCUCAGGUGUGAGAGAGGACAUCGUGAUCAAACUGGACAAAGCAGAUAUCAGGACCAAUGGAGAGCCAGAGACUUCUCCAGGUGACUGUUCUACCCAGGGGCAAUGCUAGACAGACGGCUCUACUGGAGGCCCCAGCCCACCCUGAUUACCCAUAUGGGUUUUUUUCUUUUUUGUUUUUAAAGCCUGAUUCAUAUGAAAUAUGAAUUACACUGCUAUAGCAUUUGCUUCACUAGUUUCCCUUGCUUAGUUCAUUAUCGCUGACGUUACCAUACUCUGACUGAAGCAACUACUGGUAAAGGUAAAAAUGUAGCCAUGUAUUAUUAAUGUACGAAGAUACUUGUUUCAACGUACAUGAACAUUCUCAACAGGUUUAAGGGCAGAUAUGGUUUAGAUGUGCAUGCAAAUAAUAACAAAACCUGACUCAAGUGACUGAAUUUUCUUCUCUUCUGCAUUUAGCAACAAGAAUUAAUAAUUGCAGCACAGUUUCAGAAUGAGGAACAUUUCAAGAAUCUAGUUAUGUUAUGAUUUCAGCUGUCUUAUUUGAAGUAUACUGCAUAUAACCUGAAACUAAUAAAAUGUAUUCACCUGGAGUUUGUGAGUCUAAACCAAGUUUGUUUAACUUUUGAGCAUUAAACUGUAAGACCUA